ACAAGAUGGCGGCGCGCUGGAAGCGUAACACCUGCGUUUCUAGGAGCUUCGCGCUGUGGGUGGCUUAAGACUCUGGGGUCGCACAGGCCCACGCCAGACACAACGUCUGGUAAAGACGUUGGCUUCAGAGAUGGCUCUGAGUAAAUCAAUGCAUGCAAGAAAUAGAUACAAGGACAAACCUCCUGACUUUGCAUAUCUGGCAUCCAAAUAUCCAGAUUUUAAACAGCACGUUCAGAUAAAUCUGAAUGGAAGAGUGAGUCUAAAUUUUAAAGACCCUGAAGCAGUCAGAGCUCUGACUUGUACUCUCCUGAGGGAAGAUUUUGGACUUUCUAUUGAUAUUCCAUUGGAGAGACUAAUUCCCACAGUUCCCUUGAGACUCAACUAUAUUCAUUGGGUGGAAGAUCUGAUUGGUCACCAGGACUCUGACAAAAGUACUGUGCGAAGAGGAAUUGACAUAGGUACAGGAGCAUCCUGCAUCUAUCCCUUACUUGGAGCAACCUUAAACGGCUGGUAUUUCCUUGCAACAGAAGUGGAUGACAUGUGUUUCAACUAUGCAAAGAAAAAUGUGGAACAGAAUAACUUAUCUGAUCUCAUAAAAGUGGUCAAAGUCCCACAGAAGACACUCCUGAUGGAUGCUCUCAAAGAAGAAUCUGAGAUAAUCUAUGACUUUUGUAUGUGUAACCCUCCCUUUUUUGCCAAUCAAUUGGAGGCUAAGGGAGUAAACUCUCGAAAUCCUCGAAGACCUCCACCUAGUUCUGUAAAUACAGGAGGUAUCACAGAGAUCAUGGCAGAAGGAGGUGAAUUAGAGUUUGUUAAAAGGAUUAUUCAUGAUAGUUUACAACUUAAAAAAAGAUUAAGGUGGUAUAGCUGUAUGCUAGGAAAGAAAUGCAGCCUGGCACCUCUCAAGGAAGAACUUCGCAUACAAGGGGUUUCUAAAGUCACCUACACUGAAUUCUGUCAAGGUCGAACAAUGAGAUGGGCCUUAGCUUGGAGUUUUUAUGAUGAUGUAACAGUUCCAUCACCACCAAGUAAGCGAAGAAAAUUAGAGAAGCCAAGGAAACCCAUUACAUUUGUUGUGUUAGCGUCUGUGAUGAAAGAAUUAUCCCUCAAAGCAUCAUCAUCUUUGGGUUCUGAAACAGUGGAAGGCAUUGUCGUCGUCACAACAUGGAUCGAAAAAAUUCUCACCGAUCUGAAGGUCCAGCAUAAACGAGUUCCCUGUGGAAAAGAGGAACUUAGCCUUUUCCUAACAGCCAUAGAAAACUCUUGGGUUCAUUUAAGGAGAAAGAGAAGAGAGCGAGUGAGACAAUUGAGAGAAGUUCCUAGAGCUCCUGAGGAUGUCAUCCAAGCCUUGGAAGAGAAAAAGUCCACCCCUAAAGAGUCUGGCAAUAGCCAAGAAUUAGUCAAGGAUUCCCAGGAGAGCAUCCUGUGUGGGCCUGCGCCUAGGGAAGGCGAGCCUGCCACUGUUGAGGGCCAUUGCCCACAUCAGGAAUCGUUUUGCCAGGAGGAAAACGCAGAACUCAUGGAGGAUGAAAGGAGUGAGGAAAAGGGAGGGAUGGAGGUUUUGGAAGAUUGUAAAGGCUCUAGCAAUGGAGCCCAGGACCAAGAGGUUUCUGAGCAGUUCAGCAACCCAGCAGCUGAAAGGGGGAAACAUCUCCAAGGAGUGGCUGGACGUUACCUGUUUAAGUGUUUGAUAAAUGUUAAGAAGGAGGUGGAUGACACCUUAGUUGAAAUGCAUUGGGUGGAGGGCCAGAACAGGGAUUUGAUGAACCAACUUUGCACAUACAUACGUAACCAAAUUUUUAGGCUUGUGGCUAGUUAAUGCCAGACUCCUGGCACAGCUGAACAGUGUCUAUAAAGCAGCUUGCUUUGGAGUGUGCUCUAGGGUGGCAAGAGGAAUUCUAUCUCUGGCCCAUUAGAAGCAUUAUGUGGUGUUAAAAAAAAAAAAAAAAACAAAAAAAAACCCUAACACAGAAACCAAUUCAUUUUUAAACCCACCCCCUCUCUGCCCCGCUUUUUUUAAGGUUACAGGGAGUUGUAGUAUGGUAGUUCAGGAGGAAGAAUUCUAUCAGUAACAACAGAAAGCCAUCAGUAAACUCAUGAGGGGUUUAAAGCUGCCUUAAGCUGGUCCCUUCAGCUUUGUACUGCUUCUCUGAGGCCAAAAGGAUUGUUUGUGGAGUCUGGCCCAGGCAACACUGUUCUUUCUCUCUAGACAGUGCUUCUUGAGAAGGGGUGGCUCUCUUGGCCCACAAUUGGCAGUGUAUGCCAGGGAAGACAGGCCCCGAUUCUCUCUUCUAGGUCACCCUUCAAGACUGAAUCUACUCACUGUAGGUUCAUAUGAAUGAUUGACCCUGCAUCAGUCCUGAGAAAAGAACUGGCCCAGUGGGAGAGUUGGGAGAAAAACUUAGUAAUGCCAAGACCAAGGGCUGAUGGGGAAUGGUAUGUUCCUAUUUUGAUGUUGUUUAUUUCAGAAGCAGAAUUAGGUAAGCAAAACUCCUAGAUGUGACUGAAACACAAGAAAUACACCCAUACUCCGCUCUAGCCUGUUGAAAACACCAUUUUAUAGCACUUUUACUUCUUAAUAACUUUUGUUUCAAUAUUAGAAAUGAAACUUACUUUGUUUUCAACAUAAGAAUAUUCAAAAUUGAAUACUAUCAUUCCUGUUUGAAUCCCGGAGUUAGGGAAGAUAUUUUCUUGGCUCUGAGUGGGUGAUUGAUGACAGAAAUGAGAAAUGGAUUAAGAGAUUACAUAUAGUACUUAGCUUGCCCAAGUCUCAUCUAUUGGCAGAUAAUGUGUUGCUGAUCAAAUUCUGCGUUUUGUGGCUUCAUUUGUAAUCCGCUCUGUGCUUACCUAUUGACCUUGGAGAAUUCUGAGGCAGGGUCACCAUCUAUGUCCUUAAAACAUGCUGCUAAUCAGAAUGACAGGGUUCAGCAGAAAUAACCUCGAAUCUCUUUUUUUGUUCUCUUGGUCUCUUCAUAACCCUGUGCUGUAUUUGACUUUCAUAGGUUGAUUUUUACAUCAGAAGUGUAGGGUUCUGUUUAGACUAAAAUCUUUUUUUUUUUUUUUUUAGACAGUCUCAUUUUAAACCCCUUGGUAGAGUGCCAUGGCGUCAUAGCUCACAGCAACCUCAAACUCCUGGGCUUAGGUGAUUCUUUUGGCUCAGCCUCUCAAGUAGCUGGGAUUACAGCCACCCGCCACCACACCGGGCUAUUUUUUUGUUGCAGUUUGGCCGGGGCCGGGUUCGAACUUGCCACCCUCAGUAUAUGGGGCUGGUGCCCUACCCACUGAGCCACAGGCGCCGCCCAAGACUAAAACCUUUUAAUACGGUGCCGGAGCUCCUUGCUAUCUGCAAAGAUGACUACAGAUGUGUCAUUAGGCCACCUUUUUGAGAGGUGACUGCUGGUUAGGGCAGAAAGCUGAUGGAUAACCUUAGCAUAUCUUGGCAGUAGCUAGAUCAGGCCCUCAGCAGAGAUACAAGAAAUGGAACUAGUAUGCCUCCCUCUGGCAGUGGUGCUAGAGCUAGAGAAGAGAGCAUAUUAACCAUUGUUCUCAAACUGGUCCGUGGACUUCCAGAGAAUCUAGAAGCUUCCUGGAAUUAUUUCUAAAAGGCCUGUGAGCAUGUAUAUUUGGUCCUCUAGGGUACAUGACAUAGAUCAGUAAUCCACUAAGGAUUAAGAACCCCUGUUUUAAUCCAACCAUUCAUUUGACAGGAUGAGGAAACUAUUACCCAGGGUCACACAGAGCCAGGAUUCAAUCCAAGGCCUUGGAUUUCCCCCACAAAGCAGAAUAAUUUUUACUCUACUGCCCCAUACCAUUCUGGUGUACUUACCUCUGAUUAAUACCACAUCUACUUGGGAGGCUGAGGCAAAAGAAUUGCUUAAGCCCAAGAGUUGGAGGUUGCUACGAGCUGUGACGCCACGGUACUCUACCGAGGGCGACAUAGUACGACUCUGUCUAAAAAAAGUGGCGUCGUAUGCUGGGUUAAACCUAGGUUUGUUUUAUUAUGAAAGAGUAGCACAUGCUCAUUAAUGAAGAUUUAGAAAAAAAUGAAAAUUCAAAAAACUACAACAAAUUCAGACAGCGCCUGUGGCUCAGUGAGUAGGGUGCCGGCCCCAUAUAUUGAGGGUGGUGGAUUCAAACCCGGCCCCAGCCAAACUGCAACAAAAAAUAGCUGGGCAUUGUGGUGGGCACCUGUAGUCCCAGCUACUCGGGAGGCUGAGUCAAGAGAAUCGCUUAAGCCCAAAAGCUGGAGGUUGCUGUAAGCUGUGACACCACGGCACUCUACCGAGGGCAACAAAGAGACUCUUUCUCUUAAAAAAAAAAAAAAAAAAAAAAACACCCAAAUUCACUCCCAGUUUCAGUCCUCUCUCAUAUAACCACUAUUGGUAUUUGUGUUUUUGUCUGGGCUUCCUGCAGAUGGGGGGGGUGUGAGUAUGUGGUUUUAACUUUAUAUAUUCAGCUUCAUACUAUUCUUUGUUUCAUUUAAGUCUUGUCUUCCAUGUUCUAACAGUGGUGUAUUUCUUUAUUCUUCUGCCUUUUCUGUUUUUAAAAUUUUGCUUUCAACUGGCUUUCACUCAUCUUAGGUUUUUUUGUUUGUUUGUUUGUUGUUGUUUCGCUCAUCUUAGUUUUAAGGUUUUUUUUUUCUUCCUUUAGCGAUUCUCUUGCCCAUAGCCUCUCAAAUAGCUGGGAAUACAGAUGCCCAUCACAAGGCCCGAUUUUUUGGUAGAGAUGGGGUCUCACUCUGGCUUACUCCAGCUCAGGAUGGUCUCGAACCUUUGAGCUCAGGCAAUCCAUCCGCCUCAGCCUCCCAGAUUGCUGGGACUAUAGGUGUGAGCCACCACGCCUGGCUUUCCUGCCUUUUCAAUACAUCUUUCUGGCACAGUAUUGGCCUUAGUUUUGGGGAUUCCCAGAGAAUAUACUGUAUAGCUAGAGGCACAAAAUGUAUGUCUGUUUCUGUACAUAUUUUAGUCCCUAGAUUUAAGGCUUGGUGUCAUGGAGGAAGUUUUAUAGGUGUUAAGCUAACGAUUUUUGAAUUUAAAAAUUAUGUGACAAGGGAGACUUCCAGAGUGUUAGGAAUACUAGAGCUAUGAGUGCCUUCCUUGCAUUUGGAUGUCAUCAUUUUCUCUUCUGAGAAGAAUAGCCUGUUUCUUAGGGUAUCUAAUGAGAGAACAUUGAAAACACUUUAAAAGGUCAUCUACAAAUUGUGGUCAUGCAUAUGCUUGAUAAUUGCGUGAUGUGUGAUAGUGCUACCUCCAGGAUAUAUAGUAUGGGCAGAUAGAAUCUUUUUUCUAUGUUGAGUGAUACUCUCCAUGAGUGUCAACAGGUCAAAUUCAUGAUUGGUGGAUUGGCAUGAAAAUAAAUCCUUGUGGAAUUAUCUUAAAUUCUAUCCUGGUCCCGGGCAGCGCCUGUGGCUCAGUGAGUAGGGCGCCAGCCCCAUAUGCCGAGGGUGGUGGGUUCAAACCCAGCCCCAGCCAAACUGCAACCAAAAAAUAGCCGGGCGGGCACCUGUUGUGGCGGGCGCCUGUAGUCCCAGCUGCUCAGGAGGCUGAGGCAAGAGAAUCGCGUAAGCCCAAGAGUUAGAGGUUGCUGUGAGCUGUGUGACGCCACGGCACUCUACCGAGGGCGGUACAGUGAGACUCUGUCUCUACAAAAAAAAAAAAAAAAAUUCUAUCCUGGUCCCUAAAAUUUGCUUGUGAUCUUUUGAUAACUAAAAUGGGAACAAAAGCUGGGCUUGUUUUCUGAGGUGCACUAAAGCUGCUUUUGUUCCUUGGAAUCUGCUUUGCUUCCAUCCAUUUGGUUCCUUCCCCCCACAUCCUUGCCCAACAGUUGCCACAUCAGAGCUUUGCUGCUUGUCCUACUUGGGCUGGCAGCUCUGUGGUGGUGACAUGUCAGCUGAUCUCAGGGCUUCAUGCAAAUUAGUAUACAUUUUUAAAAACAAAAAAUGUUUUUUUCUCUUGAUGGAAAUCAAAGCUUACCAUGUGCAUACUCGAACCUGGUAGGAAUGGUGAAGCUGCAAAGUGUGGAAAAGAUGCAAGAACUGGAAAAUCCAAGGCCUUUUAAAAGAAGUGAGUUGUUGAGUUCCUGACUAGCUGCCAGAGCCCUUCCAUCUUCCUUAAUCCACACUAUUUCCCUCUGUAGCCACAUGGGGGCAUCUUUGGACCUUUUAUCAAACACCUUAACGUCAUUGUGGGAGUGGAAUCAUGUCUAUAGUAUUUUCUUGAAAUAGCCAGUUGUUACCCAGAUUUGUAUUUUUAUGUAAACGCUUACGUUUUUCACAUAAAUGAAAUUUGAAAAAUAAAAGUAGAAGGAAAAAAUA